AUGAUUGAAAGCGAGAGGUUAUAUUACGUACGAAAGAAACAGAAAGUUCUUCGAUGUGAAUCUUAUGAGAAUUUACGUAACUUUCAACAUCAGGGGAAUAAGAACAUUUCGGAAAUUGGCCAACGUGUUAUAUUACAUUCUUCUUUUACUGGUGGUGCACAUUACAUGAUGCAAAACUACUUAGAUGCCAUGUCUCUUUGUAAGUGGUUUGGGUAUCCUGAUUUUUUCAUAACCUUUACGUGCAAUCCAAAAUGGUCCGAAGUUCAAAGAUUUCUUAAGGACACUACGCUUAAUCCAGAGGAUAGACCUGAUAUCCUAUGUAGGUUAUUUAAGAUCAAACUUGAUGCGUUGAUUAAAGACCUACGCGAGAAUUCAGUAUUUGGCAUGGUUCAAGCAGUUGUGUAUACAAUUGAGUUUCAAAAGCGCGGUUUGCCUCACAAUCAUAUUUGUCUAUUCAUGCAACCUGAUUACAAGCUUCCUACCGUGGAACACAUUCACCAAAUUAUUUCAGCUGAGAUUCCCAGUAUUCAACAAGAUCCUGCUUUGUAUUCACUUGUGAAAGAGUUCAUGAUUCAUGGUCCAUGUGGUGCUCAAAAUGUCAAUUGCCCUUGCAUAGUGGAUAACAAAUGCUCUAAAAACUUCCCAAAGAAUUUCUCUGAACAUACUUCAAUUGACGGGAAUGGUUUUCCUAUAUAUAGGAGAAAAAACGAUGAAUCGUUUGUAGAAAAAUAUGGUGUCCAGUUAGAUAACAGAAAUGUUGUUCCAUACAACAAAUAUCUGUUGAAAAGAUACCAAGCACACAUAAAUGUUGAAUGGUGCAAUCAGGGAUCUUCUAUCAAGUAUUUAUUCAAAUAUAUUAAUAAAGGUCCGGAUAGAGCUACUGCUACUUUUGUACAAAACAACAAUGGUUCUGAUAAAGAUGAUACAGUCGAUGAGAUAAAAGAAUACUAUGAUUGUAGAUAUCUUUCUGCAUGUGAAGCAUCUUGGCGAAUUUAUGGAUACGAUGUUCAUUACAGGCAUCCUUCAGUGAUGAGACUUCCUUUUCAUCUACCUAAUCAACAACAAGUUGUCUACGGUGCAGAUGAUGAUAUCGAUAAUGUUCUUAACCAGCCUUCAGUUGCUUCUUCGAUGUUCACAUCUUGGAUGGAGUGCAACAAAGUUUACAAACAAGCAAAAAAACUAACUUAUGUUGAAUUUCCAACAAAGUUUGUUUGGAAGCUUGGUUCAAAAACUUGGAAGCCAAAGGAGGUUGGAUAUUCGAUUGGCAGAAUUCAUUCAGUGUCACCUAAUCUUGGCGAAGCAUAUUUCUUAAGAUUUCUUUUAAACAAAGUGAAAGGACCAACGUCAUUUGAAGAAAUCCGCAUGGUUAAUGGUGAAAUAUGUCCUUCAUUUAGAGAUGCAUGUUAUGCUCUCGGCCUUUUAGAUGAUGAUAAAGAAUACAUCGAAACUAUUAAGGAGACAAGUCAGUCUGGAUCCGGUUAUUACUUACGUUUCUUAUUCGCUACCAUGUUAUUAUCUCACAGCUUGUCUAGCCCAGAUGUUGUGUGGGAAAAUACAUGGGUAUACUUGUUGGAUGGAAUUCUUUACAAUCAACAACAAAGAUUAAAAUCUCCAGGUUUAUCACUUAAUGAAGAUCAAAUUAAGAACCUGUUUUUGUUUGAGAUUGAACAAAUUUUACUUCGUAACAAUUCAAGUCUCAAAAAAUUUACAAGGAUGCCUUUGCCCGAUAUUGAUUAUGUAUCCUCUUCAAACAAUCGUCUUAUUAGUGAGGAGCUAGAUUAUGACAUACCAAAUUUAAAGAAUGAGUUUGAUCGGCUUUCUAUUGCAUUAACAUCUAAGCAACAAAACAUUUUUGAUGAUAUCAUGACUGCAAUAAACAAUAAUGAAGGAGGUAUUUUCUUUGUCUAUGGUUAUGGUGGAAUGGGUAAAACCUAUCUUUGGAAGACAUUAUCAACCGCAGUUAGAUGUAAUGCUCAAAUUGUUUUAAAUGUUGCUUCAAGUGGGAUCGCUUCUUUAUUAUUAACCAGUGGCAGGACAACACAUUCACGGUUUAUAAUUCCUUUGGUUCUUACUGAGGUUUCUAUUUGUUCAAUAUCACCAGAUAGUGAACUUGCCAGUUUAUUACGAAAAACCUCAUUAGUCGUUUGGGAUGAAGCACCCAUGAUUCACAAGCAUGCAUUUGAAGCUUUAGAUCGAACUUUGAAAGAUAUAUUUAAGUGUCAUAAUCCUAGAAACUAA